AUGGAGGAAGCAAACCAAACAGGGAUGAUCCUCUUCCACUUCCGCCCCUUCUCCAAACUCCCUGAAGUGCAGAUGCUGAUUUUUGUGACUUUCCUCAUCAUGUAUCUGGUCAGCAUCAGUGGCAACUUCUCCAUUACUCUUAUCAUCUGCAUCAACCGCUCUCUCCACACUCCCAUGUACUUUUUCCUGGGCAACUUGGCAGCCCUGGAGAUCUGCUACUCUUCUACCAUCGCCCCUCUCACUCUGGCCAGUGUCUUGUCCACAGAACAAACUCUCGUCUCCCUGGCUGGCUGUGGCACUCAGAUGUUCUUCUUCAUUUUCCUGGGCAGCGCUGACUGCAUUCUGCUGGCUGUCAUGGCCUAUGACAGGUUCGUGGCCAUCUGCCAUCCUUUGCGCUAUACCCUCAUGAUGAGCUGGCGACUGUGUGUUCAAAUGUCCCUGGGAUCUCUGGUGCUUGGGUUCAUCCUGGCCAUGCAACUGACUGUGCUUAUUUUCCAACUCCCUUUCUGUAGCAGCAAAGAAAUUAGUCUGUUCUAUUGUGAUGUCCUCCCUGUCAUGAGAAUGGCUUGUGCAGACACUAGGGUCCACGAAGCUACUCUCUUUGUGGUCAGCAUCACUGUUCUCACCAUCCCCUUCCUGCUCAUCACUCUUUCCUAUGUCUUCAUUGUGGCUGCCAUCUUGAAGAUCAACUCAGCAGAGGGGAGACACAAGGCUUUCUCCACCUGCUCUUCCCACUUGACUGUGGUUCUCCUGCAGUAUGGCUGUGGAAGCCUCAUUUACCUGUGCCCCAGCUCCAGCUACUCUCCGGAGAGGGGACAGGUGGUGUCUGUGGUUUACACUUUCAUCACUCCCGUGCUCAACCCAUUGAUCUACAGCAUGAGGAACAGAGAACUUAAGGAUGCUUUGAAGAAAGAAAUAAUGAAGUUCUUUUUGACCUAA